AUGUUAUUGUCUGUUAUCACAAUAUGCGGAAACCUUCUUGUUAUAAUCUCCAUCUUUUAUUUCCAACAGCUCCACACUCCUACUAACUACCUUAUUCUCUCUCUGGCUGUGGCUGACCUGCUUGUUGGGAUCAUAGUCUUUCCCUUCAGCAUGGCAUUCUCACUAAGCUCAUGUCUGUAUCAUGAGGGUUUAUUUUACAGAUAUUAUGCAGUGUGUCAGCCACUGACCUACAGAAGUAAAAUAAACCAUUGUGUUGUUGUGAUCAUGAUUGCGGUUUGCUGGGGGGGUUCUGCUCUAAUUGCAAUAAGCAUCACAAUUGCUGGAUUAAAUAAUGAUAAAUGUGGGGAAAGGUGUUUCAUUGAUGUACUUAUAUUUAACACUAUUGGACCUAUUUUCUCAUUUUACCUCCCAGUGAUCAUAAUGCUCUGUAUCUACCUAAAAAUUUUCCUUGUUGCACAGAAACAGGCACGCAGCAUCCAGAACACAACCUAUCAGAGCAAAAAGUCUGGAGCUACAGUCAGUAAGAAUGAGAGAAAGGCUACCAAAACUCUGGUUAUCGUUUUAGGAGUCUUUCUUUUAUGUUGGACUCCUUUCUUUCUUUGUACCACUAUUUUGCCUUUCAGUAAUGACCCAGUGCCAGUUCCUGUAAUUGAAACACUUAACUGGCUUACAUUGUCAAACUCCAUGCUCAAUCCCUUUAUUUAUGCUUUCUUUUACAGCUGGUUCAGAUCAGCUUUUAGAAUGAUAAUUUCUGGGAAAAUAUUUCAUGAUGAUUAUACUAAUUCAAAACUGUCUUGA